CGCGUGUGUGCGUGCGGGAGGGCGUGCUGCCGGCGGCGCCGUCAUGUCCUGGCUGUUCGGGCUGAACCGCGGUGCGGCCCCCGCCGGCGGCGGGGAGGCGGCGCCGGGCGCGGCCGGGCUCUCCCUCCCACCGGCACCGGGAGGCGGCGGGGGCGCCUCGGCGGGGGGCGCCGGCGACCGGCAACCGCCCAAGGACAAAUGGAGCAACUUCGACCCCACGGGCCUGGAGCGGGCGGCCAAGGCGGCGCGGGAGCUGGACGCCUCCCGCCAUGCGAAAGAUGCUCUCAGCCUUGCCCAGAUGCAGGAGCAGACCUUGCAGCUGGAACAGCAAACGAAACUUAAGGAGUACGAAGCUGCCAUAGAACAACUGAAGAAUGAGCAGAUACGGGUACAAGCAGAAGAGAGACGAAAAACGCUCAGCGAAGAAACAAAACAGCAUCAAGCACGAGCCCAAUACCAGGACAAAUUGGCAAGGCAGCGCUAUGAUGAACAGAUGCGACAGCAGCAACUUGCUAAUGAAGAGAACCUGAGGAAACAGGAAGAAUCUGUACAAAAGCAGGAGGCCAUGAGGCGGGCUACCGUAGAACGAGAGAUGGAGCUGCGGCAUAAGAAUGAAAUGCUGCGUGUUGAGGCAGAGGCAAGAGCCCGUGCCAAGGCUGAGCGGGAGAACGCAGACAUCAUUCGGGAGCAGAUCCGCUUAAAAGCUGCUGAACAUCGCCAAACAGUGCUAGAGUCCCUCAAGACAGCUGGGAUGCUCUUUGGUGAAGGAUUCCGUGCUUUUGUAACAGACUGGGACAAAGUUACAGCCACGGUGGCAGGCCUAACCCUGUUGGCAGUGGGCGUUUACUCUGCCAAGAAUGCCACGGCAGUAGCAGGGCGAUACAUCGAAGCGCGUUUGGGCAAACCUUCCCUGGUGAGAGAAACAUCACGUAUUACUGUGCUGGAGGCACUGAAGCAUCCUAUCAUGGUUGGUAAGCGUCUUACCAGCAAGGCUCAGGAUGCCCUUGAAGGAGUUGUUCUCAGUCCACAGUUAGAAGCACGUGUGAGAGACAUUGCCAUAGCAACAAGAAAUACAAAAAAGAACAAAAGCCUAUACAGGAAUAUUCUUAUGUACGGUCCCCCUGGCACUGGAAAGACGCUUUUUGCCAAGAAAUUAGCUGUGCACUCUGGCAUGGAUUAUGCCAUCAUGACCGGUGGCGAUGUUGCCCCCAUGGGGCGGGAGGGAGUGACUGCCAUGCAUAAACUCUUUGACUGGGCAAACACCAGCAGGAGAGGCCUCUUGCUAUUUGUGGAUGAAGCGGAUGCAUUUCUGCGGAAGAGGGCAACAGAGAAAAUCAGCGAAGAUCUCAGAGCAACUUUAAACGCAUUCCUGCACAGAACAGGGCAGCACAGCAACAAAUUUAUGCUUGUUUUAGCAAGCAACCAGCCUGAGCAGUUCGAUUGGGCCAUCAACGACCGAAUAGAUGAAAUGGUGAACUUUGAUCUGCCCCAGCUAGAGGAACGGGAGCGCCUUGUGAGAAUGUAUUUUGAUAGGCAUGUCCUGAAGCCAGCCACAGAGGGUAAACAACGUUUGAAGCUGGCCCAGUUUGACUAUGGGAAGAAGUGCUCGGAGAUUGCCAGGUUGACAGAGGGCAUGUCUGGCCGAGAGAUCUCUCAGCUUGCUGUGGCAUGGCAGGCUGCAGCUUAUGCGUCAGAGGACGGUGUUCUUACGGAGGCCAUGAUCGAUGCCCGGGUCGCUGAUGCUGUGCAGCAACACAAACAGAAGAUGGAAUGGCUGAAAACGGAGGGGGCCGAAGCAAGCAAAGGGGCUGCCGGCAACCCGCUGCUGCCUUUCCCCAAAGGAACGCCAGUGUGAGAAGUCUGCAGGCUUCAGACCAGCAUGUGCGGGGAAGUGGGCAGGGGAGAAAGCCGGGGAGGGCUUUUUAGGCAAAUGUUUGGUGGAAUCAUGUGUUGAAAUGUGUCCAUUGGUGCAAGGGAGGGGGUACUGCCUCAGUCUGCCUUGGAUUUCAUGGUUUUAAAGUGCACUAGGGGAAAAAAAAAAAAGUGGUUUAAAUAAGGCAGAAGCAGCUGUAUUAAAGGACCCCUUUGCUGAAA